GAGGCUAGGCUAGAUCGAGGGACCGCCCGCGAUUGCUACGCUUCGCGAGCGUGCUUGCCUGCCAUUUCCUCCCGUCCGCCCCCGGCCCGACCCAAUUCCUUCUCCACCCCCCCUCCCUCCCUCCUCCCCUACCACCACCACCACCACCACCUCCAUCACCUUCUCUCCCCCUCCUCCCCCCUAGCCAGCUAGCUAGCUCUCUUGCCGUCAUCACACCGCCUCCUCCUCUCCUCUCUCUCUACUCCGCGGCGGCGCAUCUCCAUCGCCCAUUCAUUGUUCUUCGCCCGGCGGCGGCAGUGAGUCGACGCUCUAACGCAGCCCGGCGCCGGCGCCGGCGGGACUGGGCGUGCCAGAAGCGCGGCCGAAAACGCGGAAGUCUGCAAGCCGCGGAGAUGCACAAGAUUAUAGCACUUGUUCUUCUCAGUGUUCGGCUCUGAGCAUUGGUUGAUUCGUGAAGUGAAGAUAGCAUGGGCCCUGGGACGGCAUCCGCGUCCUGGGGUUUGCAACUCGGCGUGGUGCUGGUCUUUCUGCUGGUCUCUGGCUGCGAGGGGCUGAGCCAUGAGGGCUGGCUUCUCCUGGCGCUCAAGAGCCAGAUGAUUGACAGUUACCACCACCUUGACAACUGGAACCCCAAGGAUCCAUCGCCGUGCGCGUGGAGUGGUGUCAACUGCUCCUCCUCCUCCUCGUCGUCGAGGCUAGCAGUGGUGUCUCUCAACGUCAGCAACAUGAACCUGUCGGGCACCGUCGGCCCCGGCAUUGGCGGUCUUACCGAGCUGACUAGCCUCGAUCUGUCCUUCAAUGAGUUCUCUGGUGCCAUCCCUCCGGACAUCGGGAAUUGCUCAAAACUGGUGUUGCUCAACUUGAAUAACAACAAUUUUGAUGGUACAAUCCCCCCUGAGCUUGGGAAGCUGGCCAUGCUGACCGGAUGCAAUCUGUGCAAUAACAGGCUCCAUGGUCCAAUACCUGAUGAGAUUGGUAACAUGUCAUCACUUCAAGACUUGGUGGGGUACAGUAACAAUCUCUCCGGUUCUAUACCGCAUUCGGUCGGCAAGCUCAAGCACCUCAAGACCAUCCGGCUGGGACAGAAUCUUAUAUCUGGCAGCAUUCCUGCCGAGAUAGGCGAAUGCCGCAACCUGACCGUGUUUGGUCUUGCGCAGAACAAGUUGGAAGGGCCUUUGCCAAAAGAGAUUGGGAGAUUGGGUCUCAUGACAGACCUCAUCCUGUGGGGAAAUCAGCUUUCUGGCCCCCUUCCUCCAGAGAUCGGGAAUUGUACAAAUCUCAGGACUAUUGCCCUUUAUGAUAAUGAUCUGGUUGGUCCUAUACCUGCAACAAUCGGGAACAUUACUUAUCUUGAGAAGCUGUAUCUUUACAGGAAUUCGAUAAAUGGUACCAUUCCAUCUGAAAUUGGGAAGCUUUCUUUUGCAGAGGAGGUUGAUUUUUCAGAGAAUUUCUUAAUGGGAGGGAUACCAAAGGAGUUGGGCAACAUACCAGGGUUGUAUCUACUCUACCUCUUCCAGAAUCAGCUUACUGGCUUUAUUCCUAGUGAGUUGUGUGGAUUGAGGAACUUGAGCAAGCUUGAUCUUUCGAUCAAUUCACUCACUGGCCCAAUUCCAGCCGGAUUUCAGUACAUGACCAAGCUAAUCCAGUUGCAACUCUUCAACAAUAUGCUAUCAGGGGACAUACCUCCAAGGUUUGGCAUUUACAGUCGACUGUGGGUGGUGGAUUUCUCAAACAACAACAUUACAGGGCAGAUCCCUGGAGAUCUUUGUAGGCAGUCAAACCUUAUUUUGUUGAAUCUGGGGUCUAACAAGUUGACUGGAAACAUACCUCACAGAAUCACCAGCUGUAAAUCCUUGGUGCAGCUUCGUCUCAGUGACAACAGUCUGACAGGAAGCUUCUCCACUGAUCUCUGCAAUCUGGUGAAUUUGACAACAAUCGAGCUGGCUCGAAACAAGUUCAAUGGCCCUAUUCCUCCUCAGAUAGGGAACUGCAAUGCUCUGCAGAGGCUUAACCUUGCAAAUAAUUAUUUCACAUCUGAGUUGCCCCGAGAAAUAGGGAAAUUGUCAAAGCUUGUCGUCUUCAAUAUCUCAUCUAACAGGCUAGGAGGAAGCAUACCACUGGAGAUCUUCAAUUGUACAACAUUGCAGCGUCUUGAUCUCAGCCAGAAUAGCUUUGAAGGUUCAUUGCCAAAUGAAGUUGGUAGACUGCCUCAACUGGAGCUUCUCUCGUUCGCUGAUAAUAGGCUAUCUGGGCAGAUGCCACCUAUUCUUGGUAAACUUUCACAUUUGACAGCACUGCAGAUUGGUGGCAAUCAAUUCUCUGGUGGAAUACCAAAGGAGCUGGGGCUGCUCUCAAGCUUGCAGAUUGCCAUGAAUUUGAGCUAUAAUAAUCUCUCUGGGAAUAUACCAUCAGAGCUUGGCAGUCUUGCAUUAUUGGAAAGUUUGUUUCUCAAUAAUAACAACCUGACAGGUGAAAUCCCAGAUACAUUUGUAAACCUGUCAAGUUUGCUUCAGCUCAAUGUCUCGUACAAUAAUCUCACCGGUACUCUUCCCCCUGUGCCGCUUUUUGACAACAUGGUUGUGACCAGCUUUAUUGGAAACAGAGGACUCUGUGGUGGACAACUUGGCAAGUGUGGAUCUGAGUCACCCUCCUCUUCCCAGGCAUCCGACUCGGUCAGUCGUCCUAUGGGCAAGAUCAUAGCAAUUAUUGCCGCCAUUAUUGGAGGAGUAUCACUUAUUCUUAUUGCCAUACUUUUGCACCAUAUGAGGAAACCAUUAGAAACAGUAGCCCCUUUGCAAGACAAGCAAAUUCUAUCUGCUGGGUCUAACAUUCCUGUUUCUGCGAAGGAUGCGUAUACAUUUCAGGAACUGGUCUCUGCUACAAAUAAUUUUGAUGAUAGUUGUGUCAUUGGACGGGGUGCUUGUGGGACUGUGUACAAAGCCGUCCUGAAGCCUGGGCAGAUAAUUGCGGUAAAGAAGUUGGCUUCAAACAGGGAAGGAAGCAACACGGAUAACAGCUUCCGUGCGGAGAUCAUGACUCUUGGAAAGAUAAGACAUCGUAACAUUGUGAAGCUGUACGGUUUCAUCUAUCACCAGGGUGCAAACCUUUUGUUGUAUGAGUACAUGCCAAGAGGCAGCCUUGGAGAGCUACUUCACGGAGAAUCUUCUUCUUCACUCGAUUGGGAGACACGCUUCACGAUAGCCCUUGGGGCAGCUGAAGGGCUUUCAUACUUGCAUCAUGAUUGCAAGCCUCGGAUCAUCCACCGUGAUAUCAAGUCAAAUAACAUUUUACUUGAUGACAACUUUGAAGCUCAUGUUGGUGACUUUGGGUUGGCUAAGGUAAUUGACAUGCCAGUCUCAAAGUCUAUGUCUGCAAUUGCUGGUUCAUAUGGCUAUAUUGCACCAGAGUAUGCGUACACCAUGAAGGUGACUGAGAAAUCUGACAUAUACAGCUAUGGUGUCGUGCUGUUGGAGCUGCUAACCGGCCGUGCGCCUGUGCAACCGAUAGAAUUGGGAGGUGAUCUGGUAACAUGGGCCAAAAAUUACAUCAGGGACAAUUCUCUGGGUCCAGGGAUAUUUGACAGUAAUCUUGAUUUGGAAGAUAAAGCCGUCGUCGAUCAUAUGAUCGAGGUCUUGAAAAUUGCUCUGCUAUGUAGUAACCUGUCGCCGUACGAGAGACCGCCGAUGCGGCAUGUUGUAGUUAUGUUAAGCGAGUCCAAAGAUAGGGCCCGGACGAGCUCGGCGUCGUCGCCUGCUUCUGAUAAUUCUUCGAAGAAGGAUAGCUCAUGAUUGGGAUUGUGUAUGUAUCGGCAGUGAACUUCCUCAAGGUGCCUCCAGGGUCACUCUACUCCACCGAACAAGCCACACCCGUCAGAGGUCAGACCACUACCAAUAACCAUGGCAGCAGAGGAAGCAGGGAGCCGGGACCCGCACGUCGUCCUCUUCCCCUUCCUCGCGCGCGGCCACAUCCCCGCCUUCCUCCGCCUCGCCGGCCUCCUCCACGAGCUGCGCCCGGGCAUCACCGUCACCCUCGUCUCCACCGCGCGCAUCCUCGAUUCCAUCUCCCUCCCGCCCACCAACCCUCCUAUCCGCCUCCACGCGCUCCCGUUCGCGCCCGCGGACCACGGCCUGCCUCCCGGCGCCGACUCCCUCGCCGACCUCCACGUCCACCAGUUCAUCACCUUCUUCCAGGCGUCCGAGUCCCUCCGCCCCGCCUUCGAAGCGUUCGUCUCCGGCAUCCGGUCCCCGGUCUGCAUCGUCGCCGACGCCUUCUUCGCCUGGACGGCGGACGUCGCGCGCGCGCACCGCGCGUUCCACGCGGUCUUCCUCACCGGCGGCGCCUUCGGCUUCGCCGUCUUCUUCUCCGUGUGGGAGCACCUGCCGCACAGGCUCGCCGCCGGCGACGAGUUCCCUCUGUCCGAUUUCCCCACCGUCGUCCUCCACCGCACGCAGAUCCCGCGGUACAUGCUCGCGGCGACCGGGUCCGAUCCCUGGUCGGCCUUCUUCCGGCGGGUCAUCCCGCUUUGCCGCAAGACCGAUGCGGUGCUCGUCAACACCGUCCAAGAGCUCGAGUCUUCCGGCCUAGACAUGCUCAGGAGGACCUUCGGCGUCCAGCCAUGGCCAAUCGGGCCGAUUCUCGCGGCGCCGACGACUCCGUCGGACUCGCAUGACGAUGCCGGCAUCAUCCGGUGGCUGGACGCGCACCCGCCGCGCUCGGUCCUGUACAUAUCCUUCGGCUCGCAGAACAGCAUCAACGCCGAUCAGAUGACGGAGCUGGCACUGGGCCUGGAGGCCAGCGGGCGGCCGUUCCUUUGGGUCCUCCGGCCACCGCUGGGGCUCGACGCGAAGGACGGCUUCAAGCCGGAGUGGCUCCCGGCAGGCUUCGAGGAGCGAACGGCCGGGGCCAAGAGGGGACUGCUGGUGCGCGGCUGGGCGCCGCAGAUGCGGAUCCUGGCGCACCCGUCCACCGGCGCGUUCAUGAGCCACUGCGGGUGGAACUCCAUCCUGGAGAGCCUAUGCCACGGCGUGCCGGUGAUCGGGUGGCCGCUGGGGGCCGAGCAGUUCUUCAACGCGAUGCUGGUGGUGGAGUGGGGCGUCUGCGUGGAGGUGGCGCGGGGGAACAUGGAGAGCUCGGUGGUGGCGAUGGGGGCCGUGGCCGACGCCGUGGGGACGGUGAUGGGGGAGACGGAGAAGGGCGGCGAGAUGAGAAGGAAGGCGGAGGUGAUCGCGCGCGCGAUGGCGGUCGCUUGGGAGGGACCGCGUGGGUCGUCGGCGGUGAGCUUGGAGGGGUUCCUCGGAUGCGUUGAGAUUUGAGACGUCCGUGCGUUGAGAUUUCCGCCUCGAUGCUGUUACGGGGGGAUUUUCCUGCAAAAAAAAAACAACGGUUUUGCUAAAACUCGGGCUGUGUUUGACAACAAAGCAGUGUAAAAACUGUGGUAUUGGAAAACUACGGUAUUUUAAACUACAGGUACUAGAUACCACAGUUUUCACAUAUUAAAGUAUUUUGUAGUAUUGAGAAUACUAUGACGUGUUUGGCUGGUGUUCA